AUGCAGAAAAAAAUCCCUUUCAAUCGGCCAACUUUCAUUGGAGGAGAAGUCGACAAUGUUAUCGAUGCCACAAAACGUGGUAGCCUGGGUGGAAAUGGUCAUUACACUAAGAAAUGUCAACAAUGGAUCACCCAGCACAUGGGCGGUGGACGAACCUUCCUUACUACUUCCUGUACCUCAGCUCUAGAGAUGGCAGCCAUACUUAUGGACAUCAAAUACGGUGACGAGGUUAUUGUGCCAAGCUACACCUACGUUUCAACGAUCAACGCUUUCCUCCUUCGGGGUGCAACUCUUGUUUAUGUUGAUGUUGAUCCUGGAACCAUGAAUAUCGAUCACAAACUCAUUGCGGCAGCAAUUACUCAAAAGACCAGAGCAAUUGUGGUUGUUCAUUAUGCGGGGGUAGCUUGCGAAAUGGACAGCAUUACGACUCUAGCUCGUGAUUCUGGCGUGUACAUUGUGGAGGAUGCCGCGCAAGCCCUGACAUCCAAGUAUCACUCGCGCAGUCUGGGUUCAAUUGGAGACAUUGGUUGUUUUAGUUUCCACGAAACUAAAAACUUCACAUCCGGAGGUCAGGGUGGUGCAAUAUCAAUCAAUAACGAAGAGCUUCUGGCAAGGGCCGAGGUGGUCUAUGACAACGGAACCAACCGAAUGCAAUUUCUUCGAGGCCUGGUCGAUUACUACCAUUGGGAAGAUAUAGGCUCUAACUUCUUUAUGUCUGAGGUUCAGGCAGCGUACCUAUGGGCACAGCUCGACAAAUCCUCAAUCAUCCAAGAACAGCGGUCAAAGCUCUGGCGCCGAUACAGAAAGUCCCUUCGACCCUUGGCAGAACAGCGUGCCAUUACUCUACCUCUCAUUCCGGAUGACUGCGAGCAUAACGCGCAUAUAUUCUUCUUCAAAUGUCUAUCUGCGGAACAAAGAAACGCAUUCAUCGCUCACAUGGAUCUAGGGGGAGUAGUUGUGUGUGCUCACUUUGUACCACUCCAUUCACGUCCGAUUGGCCUCAUGUCUGGACGCUUUGUUGGCCAAGAUAGGUUCACAACAGCGGAUAGCCAGUGCCUAGUGAGGUUGCCGUUGCAUUACAGCAUGAGUGUUGAAGAACAGAACGUGGUGAUAGAAAAGUGUUGGACUUUCUUCAAAAAAAGAUAA